AUGAAUGCACUGCCGUCAGAAUGCAGCAGCGGUUGCGAAUCCGGUUGGACUCUAUACCUGGAGGAGCCCUCUUUCCUCAAUGCUUCCACUUCCACUCCCUUUCUGCCUCAAGAGCACCACAAGAUGAAACCCAAAACUAGUGUGCCACAAGAAGAAGAUGACUUGUCCAUGCUUUCUGAUGCUUCCUCUGGGCCUCCACCUCCGGCGGCCCAUCAGAGAACUAUAAAGAGGCAGAAACUAGUUGUUAAAGAGAAGCGACACCACCUCCCUUCUUUUCUCGACGAUGACGACGAAGACACUGCCAGCUCUCCUCUCUGUGACUUCUCCAUCAACAAUGUUACUACUUUCACCAACCAACAAACUUCCCAAGACAGUGUGCUAGAGCUAGAUUACUCACACGGUUUCUCCGCAACUUAUUUUGAGGGGAGAAUAAGAAUGACAUCUUCCUUGCAAACAGUCUCUAUCAGGAAAUGA